ACUGGGAGCCAAGUGGUUGCUAGGAGGAGGAAUCUUCUUCACUUCACUUCUCACUCUCAUCACCCCAUAUGCGGCGGAAUUCGGUGUCACAGCCAUGGUCGUUCUACGCAUCAUCAUCGGAGCGGCACAAGGCGUGAAUUCCGCCUCCAUGUACGCCAUGUUCUCCCGCUGGGCACCGACUCAGGAACGCAGUCGUCUGCUCUCCAUAUGCACCAUCGGGCAGCACGUGGGCACCAUCGUCACCAUGCCCGUCACGGGCUUUCUCAUCCAGUACAAUGUGGCCGGGGGUUGGCCCUCGGCAUUCUACUUAUUCGGUGCUGUAGGCUGCGUGUGGUUUGUGUUUUGGGUGACGCUGGUUUACAACACCCCAGCUGAGCAUCCUAGAAUCUCCAAACGGGAACUGAUGUACAUACAGCAACAUCUACCUCAGACGUCAGCUGAAAGAAAGAGUCGUCCCAUUCCGUGGGGGAAAAUUGUUCGCUCGAAGGCCGUGUGGGCCGUGACUGUGGCCAAAUUCGCCGGUACGUGGGGUUUUACAUGCCUCCUGACCAAACUGCCCGCCUACUUGGCGGAUGUGCUGCACUUCCCCAUCCAGAAGAAUGGUCUUAUUAAUGCCAUGGUGUAUACAGCAGAAAUAGCAGCUAUGUUCCUCUCAGGGUGUUCUUCUGAUUACAUAAGAAAAAAGGAAUGGCUAACGAAUACAAAUAUCCGAAAGCUCUUUGAAACCUUAGCUUUAUUAGGACCAACACUUUGUUUGGUUUGUAUUCCCGCCAUGGGUUGCAAUCAUUGGCCAGUGGUCAUGCUCAUCAUCAUGUCUAUGGGCUUCUAUGGGAUGGUUGGAGGAGGCGAUAUUCCUGCCUUUGUUGACAUUGCUCCGGAACUCGCUGGAACGAUUUUCGGGCUGGCAAAUGGCAUAGCUGGAACAACCGGAUUCUUGUCACCACUUGUAGCUGGUAUUUUUCUGGACAAAGAUCACGGGGGCAUGUUCCAAUGGUCUAAAGUCUUCUAUACAUCUUGCGGCAUUUACGCAUUCGGCGCUAUCGUUUUCCUGAUCUUCGGAUCUGCAGAACCAGAACCUUGGGCCGUGACAGAAGAAGACCAAAACAUGCCUGGUGAAAUUUCAAGAAAAGCCUCUGUCCGUUCGGACAUAGAGAUUUCUCUCAGUAUUCAUGCAUCUGGUCCCAUGUGACUGCUCAACUCGACUCAAUCAGGGAGUGGCACUCCCUCGUUUACCACCAGGUGUCGCCCCCGA